AUGGUGGCCCACGCAGGGAGACUUUUGACCUUUCGCGAAACAGAUGAGGCUGACAACCUUACGGCGACUUAUGUCUACUCUACGCAGAAUGUGCCGUCCAAGCGGGAUGCGCCUUCGGGAAGGGUGGAUGUAAUGGAUCCAUCCUCGAACUUGUUGACCUGGUCUACCAAGCCUCUCAUCAGCUCUCUCAGCGAUGUCUUUCUUCCUUCGGGCUACCCUCAAAGCGACUCCCUCCAAGCCUUCUGCAGCUCAAUAGCAGGCCUCCUCUCCUCCAGAGCCGUUCUACAAGGCGUCGGCGUCGGCGACGCAAACGCCUCUCCGUCAUCGGCUCUGCUUCUACACAUCCUCCAAGACUCAUCAGGUCGUGUAGCAACCAUUCUCUUUGCCCACCGAGUUGGCACAGCCCUUGAGCCAGAAUGCAAGACCUAUCGUCUAGCAGCCGAUGUAUUCAACGACAUCGCUAUGAUCAUGGACUGUCUUUCGCCAAUGGUCCCAGCUGGAGUGAUGCGCCACGGCGGGCGUCCUGCGCGCCCUAUGUGGGGUUGCAGGGGGAGUUCGAAGGCGAGUUUGAGUGCUCAUUUUGCGAAAUGGGGGAACUUGGCUGAGCUCAAUGCUAAAGACUCGUCCCAAGAGACGGUCAUUUCUCUUAUUGGCAUGCUGGUCGGCUCAGUAGUUGUCUCCUACGUCACUGGAUUCAAGGCAACUUGGGCAGCACUUCUGAUCCUCUUAGCGGCACAUCUCAGCCUCAACUAUGCAGCAGUGCGAGCCGUCCAGAUGACAAGUCUGAACAGACAACGAGCAAACAUAAUUUUCUCCACUUUACUCGAGUCCGACUCCGCCAUCGACCUAGAAUCUCUACGCGCCGGAGACCUAUCACCAAAACCAAAGAAAGACAAUGCACGCUGGAUCAUCCUAACCCCAGCCCAAGUAUCCCAGCAAGAACGCAUCUUUCACCGCUCCGGCGCCCUCCAUUGGACCACCCCAACCCAGACAUACAGCUUAGGCACUGCCGAAAUAGGAAUUCCCCUCUCCUCAUUCUUCAAACACGGCCAAACCACCAGGACCUCAAAAACUAACAUCCCAAUGCGCGACCUGGCAACUCUCUUUACGCACGAAUCCUACAUUCUAUACCUCCAUCCCACCAAACCAAAAUCGCAUGCCUCAAUCCUCCUAAAGAGCAAUUGCACAGUGCACACGCAACUAAAAGCCUGGAUGCACGCCCUCCUCGCCUUACGAGUUCUAUCCACCUCACCCAGUUCAUCCAUUGAAAUCCUCCCAGUCCUAACCACCACCUUAUCAACCGUGAAUACCCGCUUCCCAGAAUACAUGCAAGCCCUCUCAGACUCAAACUGGAACAUCACAAUCCCAGCCCUAGAAACCCGUUCCGGCCGCAGAGUUACAUUGGAAUGGGUCUAUGAUUAG